AUGGAAGAGCGCCCACCAUCACCAGGCGACGAUGCCACUCCAUUCUUGCUUCGAGUCUUUGUCAAGCCGGUACCCUUUCGAUCUCUUGAAGACUUUCACUCCGAAGGGCGUCUCUCCCGUGACGAGUUCAAGCUGCAUGUCUGGAAGACAAACACACUGAGAGAAGUUGCUCAAAUGCUCUACGAUGCCGACACUUGCAUCUCGACGCCCCUCGCACUGCACGCCUUCCGACGCAUCCACCGCAGCGAACGACUCCCUGGCGACUUUGAAGCUACACCGAUAGGCGUAGGUAUCACUCGAGUUCCGCUCGCCAGUGUUUCAGCCCUCUUGUCAGAUCUGGAUACCCCUGACAAAGAUCGCAUGGACACUGACACACCUGAGCAACGUCAAAACAAGGCACACGAUCGAGUAUCGACAUCGAAGCUGCUCGCUUUGGAUCUUUUGCAAGACGAGAUCGAUGAGAAUGCAGCAGCCAUCACUCUAGCAGAGCUCAACUUGGUUGACGGCGACAUGCUUGACUGCGUCAUUAAACCAGAUCCUUCCCUGGCAUUGGCACCUAAGCCGUCCAGACCCAUGGGCCGAGAUAGGCAACCUCCGCCAGAUCGUUUCAGCCAUUCGCCGCGCUGA